AUGGGGGUCACUUGUGUGUGCCAGGUGCCGGUUGCGGAGGGGAAAAGUGUGCAGCAGACUGUGGACAUGGUGCACAAAAAACUGGAGCAACUGGGAGCUGUGAAGCAGGGUAGCUUCUGUGUAGACUGUGAGACCUACCAUGCAACUGGAAGUGUCCUUCAGACUCAAGGUCAGCCCUCCAAGCUCUUAUAUGUGAUGCACAACUCAGAAACCCCACUUAGCUGUCUGGCUUUGUUUGAGAAUGGGCCCUGUCUGGUAGCUGAUGCCAAUUUUGACGUUCUCAUGGUGAAGCUAAAGAGUCACUUCCAGAAUGCUAAGGGACACAAAGUGGAAUGUCGGGGGUCACGGUAUCGAUACUGCGACUUCCUCAUCAAAGUUGGCACCGUGACCAUGAGCUCAAGUGCCAGAGGAAUAUCAGUAGAGGUAGAAUAUUGUCCCUGUGUGGUUCCAGGGGACUGCUGGAAUCUUAUGAAGGAGUUCAUGCAGUCAUUCCUGGGCCCUAGCAUCCCAGAGCUGCCAUCUGCGUUUGUUGCCAAGCCCGAAGGCAUCUUUGCACCGGCAGACUGUGUUGACACCAUGACACAGUAUCUGGAGUUAUUCAACAAGCUGCGUAAACUGCAAAUCCAAGGGAGUAAUGUGCGUUGA